AAAAAGAUAUAUUUACCGAUUUAUCUAAUACUUUCUUAGAUGAAGUUGGAUUUUCCCAUUUCAAAGUAGACCCACAUUAAUUCAUCCUUUUUUACGUUUUUUUUGGGAGUUUGAGAGGAAUCUUUGUAGUUGGUAUAAAACUAUAAACUAUAGUUUAUCUUAAGUUAGUGUCGUGUUUGGUAUGCUCCUUCCUAUUCUGUUCUCUCUCUUUUGUUCGUGCACAAACACUACCCAGCAAACUCAAUCAAGAAACAUAGAAGAUUGUAUUGUUAUGCAAAGUUCAAUUUGAUUUGUUCGUAGUUUUGAACUUAGAUUGUAUUAGAAGAAUUGCAAGAAAACUAGUGUAUAUCUCAAAGUCUAACUAUUACAAAUGGCUGAAGAAGAGGAGAAGAAAACUCUUAUUGAAAUACUAGAGGAGAAUAACCCAAUUGAUAUAGUUAAGUACAUAAAUUUUGUGCGUGCACCUGAAUGUGGUGCAAUAGCAACUUUCUCUGGCACAACGCGUGAUACAUUUGAUGGCAAAGCCGUUGUAGAGCUGAGGUACGAGGCGUAUGUACCAAUGGCAAUACGGUGUAUUAAGGCCAUAUGUACUUCAGCUCGAGAGAUGUGGAGUCUUAAUUUGAUUGCUGUGGCUCACUGUCUUGGUCCUGUAUCUGUUGGUGAGACUAGUAUAUUUAUAGCCACGUCGUCUGUUCAUAGGGAUGAUGCAUUGGAUGCUUGUAAGUAUUUGAUUGAUGAACUUAAGGCGUCUGUGCCAAUUUGGAAGAAGGAAGUUUAUGCCAAUGGAGAGGUUUGGAAGGAGAACUCGGAGUUUAUUGAGAGGAGAUCGGAGUUGUGGAAGGAGGGUCGCGUGGUGGGUUCUUGCCAAAGGAAAGUUAAGGAGGAGGUAGAUGAUCACAAGAAGAAGGCUUGUUGUGGUGCCAAGGUUAGGGUGGAUGAUGAAAGAGAAAACAAGACAAAUAGUGAUAAUACAGGAAUAGAUCAGUAGAGUUGUGUAACUUGGAAGUUGUUUUCUUGAACCAAUUUAAUCAAUAAGUUUGUUUUGCUUA